GGGAAACUUGAAUUAAGGCAAACAAAUUGCUCGUAAAAACCUGGUUUAAAGUGUGGCAGUAUCUAGCACCUUCAAUAUAUAUAUACACACACACUAAAUAUCUUUAUUUUUUGGUUUUUUAAAAAUCUAAUCUUGGUUUCUCUAGGGUUAUUCAAACAAACCGAUUUUUGUUUAUCCUUUCUGUAAACGCAGCGGCUAUGGAGGAAGUGAGAGAAACCUCUGCUUGGGUGGCUCGUAAUUCUUCUCACGUUACCAUUGAUUCUUCAGUUUGUUGGGAGUGCAGGGCUUGAGAAAGUAGUGGAGACAAUGAAAGAGUCGAUUCCGAAAGUAGAGUGGGAUUAUGAAGGGAUUCAUUAUUUUGAUAAUGGACCCCUCACUGUUCAAUACCUUUUUGUUUUGGAUGCUUUGAAUUUCUGUUUCUGGCCUGAUAAGGAUCUAAACUAUGAUCAUUUGGCCAAGGGAUUAAAGGAAGCUUUGCUGAAUGACCACUCUGCAUUUGAUGCCGACCGUUUACAGAAGUACACAGGUCCUCAAUUGCGCGAGUUAUUGAAAUGGCCUCGAUCACUUCCUUUGGAGGAGGAGAGGGUUCGCUUGUUGCAUGAGGUUGGUUUCGAACUCGAAAGAAGCUUUGAGGGUAAGGCAUCGAAACUUGUUGAAUCUUGUGGAAAAUCAGCUGUAAAGCUUGUUGCACUUGUCACACGUCAUUUUCCUGGCUUUCGAGAUCACUCAAUGUACAAAGGGCACCAGGUUUUCUUGUACAAAAGAGCACAGAUAUUUGCUGCUGACUUGUGGGGUGCAUUCAAGGGGCAAGGAUAUGGAGAAUUUAAUGACAUUGGCUCGAUCACUAUGUUUGCUGACUAUAUUGUUCCAGCUGUGCUCCAGCAGCUUGGUGUGCUCAAAUAUAGUUCCACCCUUGCAAACGCCAUUCAGGCCAGCAGUGAAAUAGGUGCUGGCACGGAAGAGGAAGUUGAACUUCGAGCAUGCUCGAUUUUUGCUGUGGAGAAAAUGAGAGAGUUACUAAGUAUAAAAUGCGGAAAGCAGGUUCUGAGUGUCGAGUUAGAUCUUUGGCUCUGGUCCGUUGGUGUCCAAUGCCCAUCGCUCCAACAUCAUCGAACACUGUCAAUAUAUUACUGAGUAGAUCAUAUGCUUGUAAGAAGCAGAACACAAAUUUUGGCUUGGAAUGUCUGAAGUACUUUCUUAGGUUAAGUUUUGUCUUAGUCACUGACAUCCUUUUAUGUUUAAUCGGUUUAGGAUCUUGGUUUUUGUAUUGAACUGUCCCCUAGAUCGGACCUCAAAAAAUAUGGAUGAUCGGAGUAAGUUCAGGUUUUGAUUUCUAGUCUGCGGGUGUUUGCUCAAGUGUAAUGAUAUGAUAUUGUCCUGCGAUUGGAACAUUGUUGUGUUUUGGAA